GGCUUCAGUCAGCUGAGAACAUCUCUGGCUCCAAAAAUGAAAUCGAAUCCUCUACGGUUCUACUCGUAACACAGCGCCAAUCUUCUUCUUCUUAUUUCCCUUGUUGGUGACUCGGUGCUAAAAACAGUCUACCGGACGUCCCAUCUCUCGUCCUCAAGUUCCGGCUGGCAACUUUACGACGAUCUACGGCGCUCCACGACCUACGACGGUGACUCUACUCCUAACAGUUAUCCAUAAAUCAAGAACUCUGAAAUUUCUGAAUAUUUCUCUCCAAAUCUCACUCACGCCUAAGCUUGUGGGAAUUGAGAAGAAUUCUGAAGAUUUCUAUCCAAAUCUCACGACUGGAAGAAAAACUCAGACCUUAGAAUUAGAUCCAUCCAUGCUUGUUUUCUAUAGACUUCUCCAGAAAAUCUAGGGUGAAUAUUGCCACUUUUUAUAAUGCAACACAUUCCAGCAACAAUUGAGGAACAACUCCUUCUAAAGUCAAUCAAGGAAGAAUGCCCCUGGGAGAAUCUUCCGAAACGACUUCAAGCAACUCUGUCUUCUAAAGAAGAAUGGCAUAGGAGGGUAGUAGAACAUUGCAUAAAGAAACGACUUCAAUGGAAUACCUGUUUCGCUCGCAAAGUAAUUAAAGAAAGCGAAUAUUAUGAGGAGAUGAUGCGUUACUUGCGUAAGAAUCUAGCGCUCUUUCCAUAUCACCUUGCAGAAUACGUUUGUCGAGUAAUGCGGGUGUCACCUUUCAGAUAUUACUGUGACAUGAUCUUUGAGGUUAUGAAAAAUGAGCAACCUUAUGAUAGCAUCCCUAAUUUUAGUGCAGCAGAUGCAUUGAGGCUCACAGGAAUUGGAAGAAAUGAAUUUAUUGAUAUCAUGAACAAGUGCAGAUCCAAGAAAAUUAUGUGGAAGCUGAACAAAUCAAUUGCAAAAGAAUUAUUGCCUACACAACCAGUUGACUUUACAAUUGAACCAUGGUGGGGAGUUUGCCUUGUUAACUUUACAUUGGAAGAAUUUAAGAAACUUACUGAAGAAGAAAUGGCAACUAUAGACAAAGUCUGCAAGGAGGAAGCAAAUUCCUUUGUUCUUUUUGAUCCUGACAUUGCAAGGGGCCUUCACCGACGAGGCUUGAUCUAUUUUGAUGUCCCUGUGUAUCCUGAUGAUCGCUUUAAAGUUUCUAGGCUGGAAGGUUUUGUUUCCAAUAGGGAGCAGUCCUAUGAAGAUCCUAUUGAAGAGUUACUCUAUGCUGUUUUUGUUGUUUCAAGUGAAAAUGCAACUGUUGCUGAACUGGCUGCAACAUUACAAGCUGACCUUUCACAGCUCCAGGCUGCUGCAUCUUUUGCUUGUCGACUGGGCUGGGCUGUAAAAGUAAUUGAUCCAGCAUCUGUUCUCCAAGAUUCAAGCAUACCUGGAUCUCCUAGUACCAUUCUCAGCGAUGAUGAAGAUGGUUCUCAUUGUAGUGUAAGCUCAACAAACAUGUCAACUGAUGGCAAUACUGUUCAGCAAGGAGAUUAUCUUGGGGCAGAAAACUAUGGGCCAUCUUCUGGCCAUGCUCGUUUAGCUUUCGUUGUUGAUGCUAAUAUAACAUCCUAUCUCAUGAUGGGUUCUGUUUCCCCUGGUUUGAAAUCUCAUGCUGUGACACUAUAUGAAGCAGGCAAACUUGGUGAUGCCAGUAUUAAGGAACUCUGCAAGGAUUUGACUACUUUAGAAGGAGCUAAAUUUGAAGGAGAAUUGCAGGAAUUUGCAAAUCAUGCCUUCAGUCUUCGGUGUGUUCUGGAAUGCCUACAAUCUGGUGGAGUAGGUAAAGAUGCUGUUGUUGAAGAAACUGGUGAUAAGAUAGAAAAACUAUCUUCAAGCAAUCAUGAUGGCCAGGACGCUACAUCUCUUCCGGCUAAUAUUAGUAUAACUGAAGAAUCCAGCAAUUCCGGUGGAAAUGACACUGGUACAGAUGUUGAGAAUAUUCUUGAUUUGACCAGUUCUGGGAUAACUCAUGAUGGUGCUGCUGUACUUGAAUCUGUUAGUGGAAAUGAUGAAUCACUUUCAGCUACCUUAUUGGAAGAUAAUGGUGACUCCAGUGAGGUCAUAAAACCAGAUUCUAGGUCUCAGAAUGAUGAUACUUUGAUUUUGACUGAUAGUUCAGAAAAUGGAAAAGGAACUUUAAAGAGAAAAAGGAAAUAUCGUGUAGAUAUUCUCCGCUGUGAAAGUUUGGCUGCUCUUGCACCUGCAACAUUAGAUCGGUUAUUUCAUCGUGAUUAUGAUAUUGUUGUAUCCAUGGUUCCUCUUCCUUCUUCAUCAGUCUUACCUGGACCUACAGGUCCUAUUCACUUUGGUCCACCAUCUUACUCAUCCAUGACACCUUGGAUGAAACUGGUACUUUAUUCAACUGUGCUAAGUGGGCCUUUGUCAGUUGUUCUGAUGAAGGGGCAAUGUUUGCGGUUGCUUCCUGCACCAUUAGCGAACUGUGAAAAAGCUCUAAUAUGGUCUUGGGAUGGGUCAACAGUUGGAGGGUUGGGAGGCAAGUUUGAAGGGAAUUUAGUGAAUGGAAAUAUUCUUUUACAUUGUUUAAACUCACUUCUCAAGUGCUCAGCCGUACUGGUGCAUCCCCUUAGCAAAAAUGAUCUUGAUGCAUCUGGAAGGAUCACCACUCUGGACAUUCCGUUACCAUUAAAGAACUCUGAUGGUUCCGUUGCUCAGAUAGGGAAUGAGAUUGGAUUAUGUGCAGAGGAAAGUUCAAAGUUAAAUUCACUAUUAGCUGAUCUAUCAAAUAAGAUAGAGUUAUGGACAAUAGGUUAUAUUCGUCUAUUAAAACUUUACAAAGAAAGAGAAUGCAACUACUUUUCAGCUGAUAGUGAAAGCUAUGAAUGGGUUCCAUUAAGUGUGGAAUUUGGGAUUCCACUUUUUAGUCCAAAACUAUGCAGCAAUAUGUGCAAAAGAGUGGUUUCAUCAAAAUUACUUCAGACAGAUUCACUAACUGACCAUCAUGAUUCAAUGCAAGGUUUAAGGAAAAGAUUGCGUGAUAUUUGCACAGAGUAUCAAGCAACUGGUCCUACCGCUAAACUUCUGUACCAUAGAGAACAAUCUAAGGAAUCAUCUCGCCAACUUAUUAAUUAUGCAAGUGGAAGGUGGAAUCCACUUUUGGACCCUUCUUCUCCAAUUUCUGGAGCCUUGAGUGAACACCAGAGGUUGAAACUUGCUAAUCGGCAGCGUAGCCGGACUGAAGUUCUAAGUUUUGAUGGUAGCAUUCUCAGGUCAUAUGCUCUCACUCCUGUCUAUGAAGCUGCCACAAGGCCUAUUGAAGAAUCACUUCCUGUGAGUACAAUGAAAGUGGAGCCAGACGAUGCUGAUAGCAAGGAAGUUGUCCUGCCAGGGGUUAAUCUCUUGUUUGAUGGAUCUCUUUUGCACCCAUUUGACAUAGGUGCUUGCCUGCAGGCUCGUCAACCAGUUUCCUUGAUAGCUGAAGCUUCAGCAGCCUCAGCAUCACUCCAGACAAGUAGGGUCUCAUGAUAUAACCUUAUUCUUGCACUUGUGGUUCUGAUAUAUCAACAAAGAGAUCGGCCCAAUUGUGAUGAAUGACGUCCAUCAUAGACGGCAAUGUUGUUGGGUCUUGAUUGAUGCAAAUAAAAUUCUUCUUUCUAUUCCUUUUUGGAAGAAGCCAUAUGUUCUCAAUUGCUUGCUUGGUAGAAAACGUGCGGGAGAGACCCAAAUCAUCUGGUGAUUAUAUACACCCAAUUUAAUAACAUCUGUAGUGAGCAGUUCAUGUAAUCUUCUAAUGAGGCCCAACCAAUUGGAUACUAUAGAACAUUAUAAUGUUCCCAUCUAUCGAUGGCCUACCACUGUAACUAAUAUCAUUAGGAAGCUAAGUAGGGGAUGCUACAUUAUGUCUACAUUUUUUUUAUCAUUUCUGUAUGAUUGCAACAUGAUAAUCUUACGCAGGAAAGUGCAAAUCCCUCAUUUGAACCA